CGUCGCAUUUUAAUCGGGGUUGUGCAGUUUCCUCCAGUUUUCAUAAUUUGGAUUUGAAUUUUGAACCUUCCGUGACCUCUUCACUCCUCCCUUUUCUUUUUCAUGAAGGUCGUUUCGUGGGCUUCUCCCAUUGGCUGCCAGACUGAGAGAGCCCACUUCUAGGCAGCUCUAGGCUUCCGUCUCUGUGGAAAUCCUCGUCUAAAUUUUUCAGUGUCCAACAACGACUCCGAGGAAGAACAAGUGCCUCAAGUAGUCUCCCCUCGGCUAGAAGUGUAAUUUUUUGAUAGCAUCACUUUUUCUAAUUAUUGUAAUUGGCUCAACGUGUGUGUGACACUGUUUUGGUCUCCUUCCUUCCUGCACAGGUUCCUAUAUCCCAUCAGGAUGGAACUCCAAAUCAACAGUGGUAGUGAUCAAUGUCACAACAGCGACACCAAAAUUUGUAAUGGUAGAAUUAGUAGUGGUAGUAGUAGUGGAAAUUAUGACAAAGUGGAGGAGGAGGAGACGUGUAGUAGUAGGAGUAAGAAGGGGAAAGGGCGGAUUAUGUAUGAUAAAAGCUUUCUCAUGAAGUGCUCCAAGUCUGCUGUCUCACGGCAAAAACCAGCCGAUUUUCCUCUACCAGACUUGGGAUGUACUUUGGGUGCUCUCAAGUCGUCGAAACCUGCGACCCCGGUUCCGCCUAGCGUGUAUGUAGCACCACGCAGGAAAGACGAGAUUGGUGCAGGAGGCGGUAACGGGGGACGACGUGGUCUCGAUCCCAGUGACAAUAUCAGUCUAAGACCUCACAGCGGCUCUUUCGUUGGCGGUUGUUCUCCCGUGUCAACUUCCCAGUCGAAGUACUACGACCACCGAACCGUCCGUGAUAACAACAGAGGAGACCGUGAUAGAGAUAACAGAGGAGAUCGUGACCCACCUCAGCCUGGAUACCGGGACCGAAUGAAUUAUCGAGACGACCGAGACACCGGUGAUCGUGAUAGGAGGGGAGGAGACAGAGAUCGAGACCGCGAUCGCGAUCGACCCAACAACCGAGCUGGUGAGUCCGGACGUCCAGAACGAGUUGUCUACAACUCGCGGUGGGGUGAGAAGCCGGAAAGUGGCUGGGACUCGUCCUCGUCAAACUCGGUCUACCAUGAUACUCAAGGAGGUGGAGGAGGAAGCAACAAGUGGAAUAAUUAUGCACCAAAGAAUGGUCGUGGCGACGGAAUCUCGUCUGGACCAGGAGGACAUUAUGAGAAAAAAGAACAUCAUCACGGUGGUCAUCGAGAUUACAAUAAUCGGCGAGGAGGACGUGACAACCCUCGAAACGACGAACAGGAUGAACCUGAGUGGUUCUCAGGUGGUCCAACCUCUCGACAUGAAACCAUGGAGCUAAGAGGUUUUAUGGACGACGAACGGAAGGAUAUGGCCAACGCAGGCGGCGAUAAGAAAAAUAAUCACAAAGAGAUUACUAAGGGAGCGACUGAGACUGAAAAACCAUCUGAGACUGCACAACCCCCACAAGAUUUUUCCACGUCGCAUGGCUUCUCCACUGCUCAACAGAAGGAAGAACAACCCGCCGUGGAUUCAGCCUUCAGUUUGGAAAAGAUAUUGCAAAUGGAAAAGAUUCCAGGAAUCCAUAACGAGUCGGAGGAGGGAAUUUCGAGAUUUUCUAAAUUUUUUCAAAAGAAUUCUGAAAAUGAGCAAAAGACUGCGGAGCCUAUACCGCCUCCAAACAAGAUGGAGGCUGGGAGCAGCUAUAUCCCUAGCGAAAAGAUCUUGUUUGUAAACCUUCUCCGAUCGUCGUCUCUCGCAACAAACACGAGUGUUGUCCAUACGCCUGAGGAGUCUGGGCCUGCAGAAGAUAAGAAGGAGAUUGUUGCCGAAAUGGGGAAUGCGUUGCGAAACAUGCUACAAAUAACUUCCAAGAAGAAUGCUCCAGCAGAUACAUCGGCACCACCAGCUCCAUCAGACCCAUCAGCACCACCAGCUCCAUCAGACCCACCAGGUCCAUCAGCACCACCAGCUCGACCACCAGGUCCAUCAGCACCACCAGCUCGACCACCACGUGCAUCUGAACUACCACCUCAACCACGACCACCAGUUGGACCACGCAACCAUGGUCCCAUUGGUGAACCCAAGAAAACCGAACCGACAACUGAGCCGCUUCCGCAAUAUCUUGGCGACCCCGAUAAUCCAUACUUCGCGGAAUGGCAGGAAAGACAUAGAAAUAUCCAUAAGCCCGACCUCAAGGCGUUGCUCGCUGGCCAACCGAAAGAGAAAGAGACUGGGGAUCUGAGAGCUCUGCUUCUCAAAUUAAUCCGAAACCCAGCAGACAAAAUAACGAAUUCUCAUCAUAAGGGAGUGCCACCUAAUCCAGCCGGGGCCGUCGGUCGACCUCCUUCCAGAUCUCCUGGUAGUGCCGGGCCUCUUUUCGAACGACCAAGUUCUAGACUUGCUCAACAACCCGAUUCCAGUCUUGACUCUCCAUCCACGUCAGGUCUUGAGCCAAUAAGUUCAGAGACUGAACUCGACGAGUCACAGGAUUCGAUGUACAGAUCCGAUAUGCAAUACACCCUUCUGCCCGACGCGAGCAUUCAGCCACAAAUGGAAAACAUUGAACGGAGAUCUCCUGGAGGAAUGCAUGUCAUGCAUGAAAAUGGCACAUUUAGCGGCAUCAUGCCCAUUGAUAAUACUAACAUGAUGAUGGGACCACCCAUUCCAAUGCAACAACAGCAAUAUAUUCAACAACAGCAACCACAACCAGGUUUCAACGUAUUUGAAACCUUGAUCCGUUCACAUGUGACACCCAACCAAGUGCCGCUCACUACGUUAAUGGUAACACCGGUGGAGACUUGCACAGCUCAACAGAUCUUGGGCUUGUUGCCCAUAGAAAUUGGACGACUUGUGCAACAAGUCAACCCAGAUGAACAUUUUUGGAAUUUAUCCGAGCAUCAAGAGUUACUUAAUGCUGUUUCUACUGGCAAAUACACUUUUAGGACUCUACUCCAGGAUUUAAUUAAUGGAACUUCGUAUCCCCCACCGACAUUUGCGGCGCUUUUACAAAUUAUUCUUUCUGGGCGGCUAAAGAUUCCAACAUAUCGACCUCCCGAGCCAGCAUUCAUUUUGCAAAAAUUUAACCCGGUGCCGGUCCAGCCUCAACAGUUUCAAAUGCAGCAACAGCAACACCCGAUGCAAAGAAUGCACCACCACCAACAGCAUCCUCAACAACAAUAUCGACAUGGAGGUCAACACCACUACGACCAUGAUCAAAUGCGACGCAAUGCAGGCACUCCUGUCUCAAACAUGGCUGCUUUUACCCCCACCAGUGUGAUGCGAAAGAUGACAGCCUCGCCAAAGCCUUCUCACCAGCAGAAUCGCCGCACUCCUCCAGUCAGUCAUCCCGAAUUAAACACGGCAAAUUUCAGCAUGAUUGUUCAACAAUUGACCGGGCAGCAGCACAUGCAGCAACAACAGCAACCGCAACCGCAUCACAUGCCCGUUCGUCAACACCGUAUCACAACUCCUCUUCCGAUACAUCCUGCUCAAUAUCAAGCUAUGCGUCAAGGCCAAAUGAUGAUGCCACAGCCGCCACGACCUCAACAAAUGAUGAUGCAUCAUCACCAGAACUUCGCUCCCGUUCGAAAUGUGAACCACCACAAUUCGCGUCACGAUAUGCCGCCGCAUUAGUUAAGCUUCGUUGCUAGUUUCUAUAUAAAUCAAAUUUUUCGUUCAUUCUAAGUCGCCAUCGUCUUCGUAAAAAGCAUGAAAAAGAAAUAAUCAGUCCUUGUUUAAGUUAUUAUUGAUAUCAAUAUCAUGAAUUGAAUUAUACAUCAACAAUGUUUCCUACACAAAGUAAUAAUAAUAAUAAUUGCCUUGAAAGAUUAUUAUGACACGAUCAGUUGGUAAAUAUGUGGGCGAUAAUAUUAGAAUUAAAAAGCAUGAGGAGCAAUCUCCAAAGGAAAGGUGUACAUGCAGCUAUAGGUCAUUCCACACCUUAAUAAUUUGUAACAGUAUUUCAAUCCCGAUAAAAACAAGAACCAUCCUACACUACAGUAACUACGAUAAUAAUGCCAGAAAUGAUUAGAAAACCAAAAACUGUCUAAAUUUUCCUCGGGGAGUCGUAUUGUUGCGUUUUCUUCCGUUUUCGAAACGAAAUAAAGAAAAUGUAUUAAGUUUCAAAAA